AUAAUGGAAACUAUAAAGUGAACUAUAAAACUCCAAUAACAAUUUGAUUUGCCAACAAUUGUAUUGAUGUACAUUUGUUGCAAUGAGGAUAUGGUUCGUUGUUAUAUUGUUCUACAAACAGACAGACAGUCAAGCUAAUGAUGAAUAUGUUAAAAACAUGGCGAGAGCAUUUCCAGUACAGAAAAUAAUACCAUUCCAUCGCAACAUACAAAUUCUAAAUGCUCAAAAGUUCAUCAAAGCGCUACCAGACAACACGCACCUACCGAAGAAAUAUGGAGCUCCAGCAACAUACACUGUGUUCCCUGCGAUCGCGACGAAAAGCCAUAGAAUAACUCACUUCCCUAUUGAAACUCUGUUUGGAGCAAACAGUAUAGUAAGGAAAGUACCACAUCAACGAUUACUAAACUACUCUAGGUUCAAAAGAUCAGCUCUCACUAACGUAACAAAAUCAAAGACACGUCGCCAUAGAAACAAUGACGAUCGUAAAGACAAAUACGUCCCUAAUAUUAGUAGAAAUGAUAAAAUUAAUCAGAAAAAUCGAGUAGCAAAAGCAAGAAACAUUUCAGUUGUUAGUAGAACACCUAAAAUACUUGAAAACAAAAAAGAAAAAUCGGACCUCAAAAGUGCAUCGAAAUCUGACAAAGGUAAAAAAGGUAAAAACACAAAAAGACACGAUCAUCGGGUUACAAAAAAGAUUAAAAGAAGCCAAACAAGCAAAACUCGAUCUAAAAAGAAUAGAAAAGAAAGUAACCGACGCUCCGACAGAAAUACAAAUCAAAGAGUAAACGCAAGCCGACGUCUGCUGGCGGGCAAAGAUGCGACGAUAGAGCAGUAUCCAUACACGGUGUCCAUACAGAAGGGCGAUGAGCACUGGUGCUCCGGGGCGCUACUCAACCCGCGCCUCGUCAUUACCACCGCCAACUGCGUUUGGAAAUCAACACAAGUCAGUCGUAUGAAGAUCCGCGCAGGGUCAAAGUACUCUGACCGCGGUGGUCAAGUGGCCGGCAUCCAGGAGCUGAUGCGACAUCCAGGUUGGAGCAUUCGACAUAACCCCGACUAUGAUGUCGCACUGCUGUUGCUUGACAGGAAUCUCAGAUUCUCUCAUUCACUUCAUGCGGUUGAUUUACCGAAUCGAUCCAUGAUGCCCACCUUCAAUGACGCCUGGGUCACCAGCUGGGGUAGUGACAAGCGCGACGGCGUGUACCAGAACACAGGUCUGACGCUGCAGGCUUACAACGCGAAGAUAAUGGAUUUCGGAAAAUGUCAGAACAUCACGCAGAGGUUCGGCGUUUUCGUUACAAGGAACUUCUUCUGCAUGUCGCAGAUAGGACGACGAUCACCUUGCACUCGGGACACAGGCGCCCCCGCGGUGAGCGACGGAGUCUUGUGGGGGCUGGCGUCGUGGGGCUUACGUAAAUUAUGCGGUACGGAACGCUUCCCGGCGAUGUUUACGUACGUCGCAUCGACCCCGAUAAUGAACUUCCUGGAGAACAGGACUCGGCAGCUCAUGUCAGAUGAUCGGAACUAUCCCUAUCCGGACAAGAUUGCGGCUACUUGGAUAAAGGAACUCAUGUUCAACAUGUCAAUGACUAAAGCAGGCUGAUAAACGAUAACCAGGAAAUAUGCGUUU